GCAGAUUCCAUGCCCACCAUCAAGGUGGCGCAUUUACCAUCGGCUGGGGGGGAGGGGCAAAUUUGGAUGGCUUAUAAUACAAAGGGGACAACCUAAAGCUCAUUAAUCAGACCAAGGGAGACAACGAUACAAGUAAACUGCUCCGGGGCAAAAGCGAGGGAGAGAUACUACUUGACCAUGCUCAGUGACAGCAAGAGGAAAAGAGAUGAUAUCACAACGACGGAGUUACCGGACAUAGGAGAUAGGCCAGUUACUUAACCAACCUGACUGACAGCCGACCGAUUUGCCUUCCACCUCAGCAUCCAAGAUGGCCUCCCAAGUCUCCCUCAUUCAAUCCAUCUACGAUGAGCGCAGCGAAAACUACGACAACUCUCACCAUGGUGCCCUGGCCGAAGCAUACAUCCGCACCGCCGAACCAAAAGACGGCGAAAGCGUACUUGACCUCGCCUGCGGUACAGGCCUAGUAUCGUUUCUCGCAGAGAAGAAGGUCGGCACAUCCGGGCACGUCGUCGGAAUCGAUAUCAGCCCGGGCAUGCUGGACGUCGCGCGUCGAAAGGCCCAUCAAGCCGGAUCAGAAGUCACGUUCCUUCAGCAUGACAUUUCCCACUUGACUGGUUUGGAUAUUCUCCCCCCGGGGUCGGAUGGGUUCGAUUUGAUUACUUGUGCUGCUGCACUGGUAUUGCUGCCAGAUCCAGCUCAGGCGAUCAAGAACUGGGCGGUAUGGUUGAAGCCAGGUGGCAGACUCGUCACAGAUGUCGCGGCCAAGGAUGUCCAUGUCCCCAGUCGGAUUCUACGCCGCAUCAGUGAUGAUCUGGGCGUGUCACUGCAGUGGGAUGAGAGCUGGGUGCAGGAUGAACGGUCUCUCGGGGAUCUUCUCGCCAGUGCGGGAUUGGCUGUUAAGACGCUCUUCCUGACAAAGUCAUUCCAGGAUCGCGUUUAUAAGGUCGCUGAUGCGGGAGAGGCCUUCGACAAGGCUGUCUCGAGCCCGAUGUUCCGAAACUUUGGGCGUCCCGCUAUUCGCGACGAGGCGAAGAGAUUGUUUGUGGAGAAAUUUACCGAGGAAGCGGGUCUUUCGGGGGUAUUAAUAGAUGAGGCGAAGAUGUACAUGGCCGUUGCCCAUAAAGAUUUGCAAUAGGAUGCGGAAUAGGAAUCGUAGAG